GUGAUUGGCGGGGAAUUGAGUGGAAACACAUAAAAAUAAGGAAUUGAUCAAUUUACUUCAAAAAGCCACAUGGAAAAUAAAUUUAAUAGAGGAACUUUUUUAAAAAGGAAAGUAAGAUUUUUCAUAUAACUGUCUAUACAAUACUGGCAAAUAGAGGCAAUGAUUGAUGGGAAUUGUCGUUUAAUCUGAAAUACCCAUUUCAAGAGCAAUGCUGAACCUAACGGCGAUGGAAAGAGAAGCCUGGAACUCCCACAAUGCACGACAGUUGACGUAGCGUCACUACCUCGACGUCAUUCAGUUUCAAGCGCCUGGAGGCUGUACUGUGGCCGCCAUUUUGAGUUUAUAUGAGGGAAGUCGCGUCGUUUUUAUUUCAUCUCGAUAAUCAGAUUUCUGGAGUAUUUCGAAGUUUUCUGAUUGCAGAGCACGUAUAUCAGAAAUGCAGUCGAAUCAAAUUAACCGGAAUUUAAAGCAAGUGAAAUUGGAGAACAGUCGUAAUUCCCCAGUAAAAAGAGAGUAUGACACGGCGGAUCUUGAAGGAAUCGUGCCUGGCGAAGAAGGUGAAGCCCUUACAGUGGAUAUUAAAAAUUUUCGCAGGCCAGGAGAAAAGACCUACACUCAAAGAUGCAGGCUCUUCGUUGGCAAUUUACCCACUGAUAUAACAGAAGAGGAUUUCAAGAAAUUGUUCCGGAAGUAUGGGGAACCUUCCGAGGUUUUUAUCAACCGGGACCGCGGGUUCGGUUUUAUUCGGUUGGAAACAAGGACAUUGGCUGAAAUAGCGAAGGCUGAACUUGAUGGUACAAUGCUGAGGAAUCGACCUCUACGUAUUCGCUUUGCUACUCAUGGAGCCGCUUUGACUGUGCGGAAUCUUUCACCGGUUGUUUCUAAUGAGUUAUUGGAACAGGCCUUUUCUCAGUUUGGACCAGUAGAAAGAGCAAUAGUUGUUGUUGAUGACCGCGGGAAGCCUACAGGGAAAGGUUAUGUGGAAUUUGCAGCAAAGCCUGCCGCUCGCAAAGCACUGGAAAGAUGUGCAGAUGGAGCAUUUCUAUUGACAUCUUCCCCACGUCCUGUUAUUGUGGAGCCCAUGGAACAGUUUGAUGAUGAAGAUGGACUUCCUGAAAAACUGCUACAAAAGAACACACAAUACCACAAGGAAAGGGAGCAGCCACCACGUUUUGCUCAACCUGGGACAUUUGAGUUUGAAUAUGCAUCUCGCUGGAAAGCUCUUGAUGAAAUGGAAAAACAACAACGAGAGCAAGUUGACAGAAACAUCCGAGAAGCAAAACAAAAGCUGGAGGCAGAAAUGGAAGCUGCCCGUCAUGAACAUCAGCUUAUGCUUAUGAGACAAGAUUUGAUGAGGCGCCAGGAGGAAUUGAGGCGGUUGGAAGAAAUGAGAAAUCAAGAGCUGCAGAAAAGAAAGCAGAUAGAAAUGAGGCAUGAAGAGGAACGUCGGAGACGAGAGGAGGAAAUGAUGCGCCAGAGAGAGCAGGAUGAAUUACGAAGGCAGCAAGAAGGAUUCAAGUCGAACUACAUGGAUAAUAGAGAACAGGAUAUGAGGAUGGGUGAUAUGGGUCCACGUGGCGGAAUUGGCAUGGGAGAUGCGUUUAGCCCAGCUCCUGCUGGCAAUCAAGGGCCUGCUCCACUUAUGGGUAUGAACAUGAGCAACCGUGGACCUAUGCCUGGUGCUACAAUGGGACCUGUCCCAGCCAUUGGGCCAGAAGGAGCUGCAAAUCUGGGAACACCCAUGCUGGGAGACAACAGUGGAACAAUGCGCAAUGAUAGAUUUCCUCAAGCAGCUCCUAGUCAAAUAGGCUCUCCUCCUAUGGUCAAUAGGGGAAACUUGAGCGGAACCCCUGCACCUGAGGCUGCUCCUCAACAACCCAUGGCAGGUGUGGGUGCUGUGAGUGCUGCACCUGGUGGUUUUGGCAGAGGAAAUCAAGUUGGUAACUUUGAUGGAGCCAAUAAACGCCGCAGAUAUUAGACAUUUUGAACUGUAACAAACAUCAUUCCUUUCUGUGACAGUUUAAGAUAUAUGGAUAUCUGGUGAUUUAAAACUAUCAGUUGAGUUUUAUCUGCUGUUAUCUGACUUUUUUAAUGUGAUGUAGAUCUUUGGAUUUUGUUUUCUUAUAUAAAAAAAUUUUGUUUGAAUCUUUAUACUGAAGUUAAAAUGCUUCAGGCUUUAUCUCAUAGAACAACAAACGCAUAAAACAUCAUUGUUUAGCAAGUUGGGCUUGCACUUUGUGUCUGUAGUAUAAUACAUAUUUUAAAAUGUGACCAUGCUGUAAAAUCCAUGAAAUGAUAAAUAAAACAAAUAAACUAUUUUCUUUUGUUAAAGUAAUUGAACACUAACUUGUACUAAGCAAUGCACAAUGUAUAAUGUGCAUGAUUUUAAAAUUGAUGCAAUUUGUCUUUUUCUUAGUUCUUAGUAUUUAUGGAGUACAGAUUAUUCCAUCCCAUGAUUUGUAUUGUUUCACAGAUCAUUUUUCAAGAUCAAGUUGCAAAUGACAAUGUGCUAUCCAUCUUAAUUUGUAAUUGCUUGGGAACAAUUUGAAAAAUAAUUUCCUGAUUUCUCUAACACCCCUGCCUGCCUUUUCUCUCUUCCCACCCUACCCAACCCAAAUAAUUAGACUAUCUUGGAAAAUCUGGUCUAGUUGAGUUUGCUAUUUUUGUUAAAGGUCACUACUUUGAAACUUUGUGCAGUGCUGGCUAUGUUGAAAUAACACUGCAGAUGAUUUCAAAAUAGGUUAGCAACAUCCAAUUUUAAAAAAAUGGUUGCAAAAGCAUUUUUUUCAUUUGAGGUUUUUGCAACCCUAAACUCCUGACUUUGUAAGGCAAAAAUGUACUUCUGAGGAAUUUGAAGAAUUGAGCCAUGUUGUCAAUUUACUAUCCAAGACAUAAGCUUAUUUAAAUUAUUCACUUUAAAUGGAUGAAUUGUUUAAUUUGACAUUUUCAGCAUAUUCAUAAACGGAGGCCCAGUUUUAGUUUAAAAAUGAUUGCUGAAAUAUGAGGCUUCAAUUGUAAAAGUUUCUUCGAGCUAUUUAAUCUUGUAGUUGUGUAGUUUAAAAAGGUUAUUUAAAAUACUACUUUGGCGUAGGAUUAUCAUUGUUACAUUUUAUGAAUUGAUUUUUUUUGUAUCUGAUUAGUGUUAAUCAGUAAUUUGAUGGUUACGUGUAGCAAAGUGGGACUUUUACAUUUUCUUCUAAAUAUAUUUUGGGUCAAACCUAAACAAUCACUAAUUUUGUUGAAAUUGAGCUGUGUUGAUAGUCAAUAGAUAAUCAGCUUUUGAUUCCCUGUAAGAGCUCUGCAGUGAAAAAUAACUUUUUUGCCUCUUGAUAGCUUCCCCCUACAUUUUCCACAGUGUCUGGAUGACAAAGUGAAAUAGUUUUGUGAUGAACUGCGUGUUAGCUGUUCUGAUUCUUCUAUCAUCAUACAUUUGUAACUUCGAUAGAGCUUCACUAUUUUAGGUUAGAAAAGACCCUUUAAUGAUGGGGGAGAACAAUCUAAAGUCUAUUGAGGUCACCUCAAUCAGUAAAUGUUGCUUUUCCCUGAGCUGAGCUGUCAAAGGAAAAGGACAAAAGAAAAACUAGAAUAUCCCUCCCCAAUUCCCAAAGUCUCUGUAGCAAACUCCUAGAGACUAUUAUGGUUUCUGCACAUUUGAUUGUUGCUGACAGAUAACUUGUAUGAUAAUUAGAAAUAUCCACCCUUUUGAAAUUUGAUUUGAAUGACUCUGGGAUUCUUUACUUGCCAGCUAUGUUAGCAAUCUAUUCUGACAUUUGAUUAGAACCUUAAGUUCUCUCCAUCUACCAUUAUCAGUUUAAAAUAAUCUAAUUUAAAACUGAGUCAUAACCUUUUUUUUUCUCAGCACUUCUCAGAGCAAGUAACCCCUUCUAUGUAUUAUUUAUACACUGAAGGUUUAUUGGUGUGCCUGCUUUUUUGCUGCACCACCUUAACUUUGGUAUUCCUCAAAGUUCAGAGGCACAACUGAAAGCAAUACUACGUGUAAGUGUAUUUUUAUUUGCUGCUGUGGCAAGGCUGCCAUGCACAGUCCAUCCAUUUUGCAGAAUGCAUUUAAGAGUCAUAUUGGCAAGAUUAUAAAUAAUGCUCAAUUUCAUUGACAUCCUUUUUAUCCUAAAUUUAAUUAUUUGAAUUGAAGUGCCCCACUUGUUUGAUGGAAUUCAAACUUCUGUCUCAGUUUGGUGGACCCUGCCUCUGGACAUGAGACUGGACAUGGACUGCAGGCUACUUCAUCUUUGUGACACUAUUGUCUUUUCAUGAUGAAGUACAAUUGUUCAUUUUUUUUUGUUUGUAUUCCAGAACUACUGAACAGUGUGACUAUCUCGCAUUUUGUACCUUUCAUAAAUAAUUAAGGUACUUCCCCCAUUUUAUGUCUUUCGUUUUUAUUGGGUCCCUAUCCUUGAGCAAAUAUGGUUAAAACCAAUAGGUAGAGAAAUGUACAUUUGAUCUAGACUGAAAAGCUACAGAACGAAGAUGUUUGGCCCAUUGUGUCUAUCGGCUAAGUACCCAAUUACUUCCCCCGAAGAAAAAAUCUUUCCAAGUAUUUAUCCAAUUCACUUUACAAAUUAUUACUGAAUAUAAUUUUAUCACCAUUUUAGAUGACUUGUGCAUUGCAUUGUAUCUUGAAAUUCAAAAAAACAAGGUUUCCAGCAUCUGCAGUAAAAACAGAAAAGGGUGGAGGUACUUAGCAGCUUAGCCCACAUCUAAGGGAAGAGAAAGUUAAUAUUUUAGGUUGAAGACCCUUCAGAAUUGGGAAGGAAGCAAAAGAAGUUUAAGGUGCAGGGAGAUUAGGAGAGGGGACUGUCUCUGAAAGGAUAAAAUUGUGGUGACCAUGGGGAUAAGCUGUAAACAAGGUUAUCUGGUCAAUGAGUGAACAGGAACAGAGACUGAGAGCAUAGACAAAAAUAAUGUAAGACUUGCAAAAUGCAGAGCAGGAAGGCAUGACCACCACUUAAAUUGUAUCUUGUUGGAUUUAAUUAUAAAAUAUCCUGAUCUCACCACCUUUGGUUUUGCUGUGAUAAGUCGGGAUCACCUGGUUACUUGUUCUUCCAGCCAAAGCUUUUCCUUACCAAGCAUAACAGAUCCUUUUGGUUUUUUAAUGCCUCCAGUUAAUUCAUGUGAAAGGUCAUAAACAGCCAAAGCUCAGUUAGAUAAUUUGCCAUCAAUUUCAAUCUUUGACAAUUAGGUGAAGAUGUAAGUAAGCUUUUUAUCCAGUGAUUUUUAUUUUUUUUUGCAGUCACUAUCUCUAUAAUGCUUUACUGAAUAUUCUUUUGAAAGUCAUAGUAUAUAGUAUUGGAUUAUCCGGUUAUUCUGUAUAUUUCAAAGAACUUUGGUUCUGCCUUUUUAGUCAAUGUCAUAUCAUUCAAAGUAUUCCACAUAAUGGUUGAAUAUUCAAAGUAUGUAAUUGUGUGGCAUUCCAUAUAUUUUCCAACUAUUUAGUGAUUAAAUCAAACUCAAACUUACACUAUGGCAGUAAGUUUUUCUUUCUUAAGUAAUUGGAUCAUAUGAGCUAAGCUUUAAUCUAUAAGAGUCAGUCUGCACCUCUCAGCUCCUGAAUGUAUGAACUAGUGAUAUGUGAAUCAUCUUCCCCAUUUCCCUGAGUACUUUUGUGGUAAAUGAGAUUUGUAAUUUGAUUAAUCUUAGCAUAAGCCAUUACUGCAAUUAUUUGAAUGAAUUCUAGCCACACCACUUGUGUUUUUUUAAAUAAAUAAAUAAUGGAGUGGAGCACCUCCUGAAGGGUUGGUGGUACUUCCAACUCAAC